CUGAAUCUCUCCUCCCUCUCUCCUGGCCUGACUGACACAGAAGUGAGGACCCAGCAGCCUCACCGUCUGCAGAACCCUCUAUCUGCCCUGUGGUUCCCAGACGGAGCCUCAGCCUCUCCAAAGAUGGCCUGGAGACAGCUGCUUCUUGUCGCCUGUCUCUCGGCUGCUGUGCUCCUGUCCCUGCUGCGGGAGGGGACCAGCGCGUCAGUGGGCAUCAGGCAGGGGGCCGGACAAGAGGCCCAGGAAGGUGUGGAACAGAAGAUUUUCAUGCAGGAAUCAGAUGCCUCGAAUUUCCUCAAGAAGCGCAGCAAGCGGUCCUCCAAAUCCCGAGACGAGGUGAACGCGGAGAACAGGCAGAAGCUGUGGGCUGAUGAGCUGCGGAAAGAAUAUUAUGAGGAACAACGGAACGAGUAUGAGAACUUCGUGGAAGAGCAAAAUGACGAACAGGAAGAGAGAAGCCGGGAGGCUAUUGAGCAAUGGCGCCAGUGGCAUUAUGACGGCCUGUACCCACCAUAUCUCUACAACCGCCACCACAUCUGACCUCAUCGUGACAAACCCAGAAGACGUACCCACCCCAGGUGUUCGAGUCACUCUCUCCCACAAACACAGGCCCCUUCCAAGGGUAUCUAUCAACUUGGGGCCUGCUGUGGUAAACACACAGGCCUUUUGUUCUGACCAUUAAAAUGCCCUGGCUUUCGCUUCUUUGCGGAUGAAUUCUGAGGUAAGCAAAUGCCUGUGGGGCUGCCAAACACCAAACCUGCAGUGGUUUCCCCCUUGCUUAGCCACUGUUUGC